GGGCGUGACCAUCGCUACCAUCCAGCCAUCAUGUUAGCUGAAGAAGUCCUUUGCUUUAAGCUUUGCUAACUCAUGAAAUAACAUUCCGGGUUACUUUCUCUGUGUAUUGUUUAAGUUUUUCAUGGACACUAUGAUUUAAGAUGGAAACAACCACUGGUGUGUGAAGGUUGUUGUUUUCUUUGCCGGGAGCACCCUAUCUGGACAGCUGUCUCGGAUAACUAGCCUGUAAGCUAGCGCGGCUAUUCGUAACAGACUCACACUGCCUGCCAUCAGGCAGCCACUCAAGACCAAAAGUCGGCGUUUCGACGUUGGAAAUUUCUACCAUCAUCAUGGAGAAGGCUGAUUUCUUGAAAGGACUUCCCGUCUACAAUAAGAGCAACUUCAGCAGGUUUCAUGCAGACUCCGUUUGUAAAGCAUCUAAUCGAAGGCCCUCUGUGUACCUCCCAACACGAGAAUACCCCUCUGAACAGAUUAUUGUAACAGAGAAAACCAACAUUCUCCUGCGUUACCUCCAUCAGCAGUGGGACAAAAAGAAUGCAGCAAAGAAAAGGGAACAGGAACAAGGUGAGGGUGACAGUCCGGCACCCCCAAGGAAAAUCGCCAGGACAGAUAGUCAAGAGAUGAACGAAGACUCAUAAGACUGUGUGUGAGUGUGUGUUUGCAUACACAGAGUAUAGCCAGUAUAAACCAACCAAAUGGUGUUCCCAGUGAAUGAAAUACUUCUAGUCGUUCUGCGUUAUGGCAGGAUUUCUUUCCUUGCCUGAAUUCGAAUCUCCCAUCUUUCAGCAAAGGAGCCAUUUAUGGUGUAAAGUUUGCAUGUGUGAAAACGAUGUAACCAGAAAAGAUUGGAACUGUCAGUUGGAAACUAAAUACUGGCAUUUCUUUUAUUUAUGUUGGCUAUUCUCUGUGUAGGUUAUAAAAUGUUUGUAUGCAUGCUGAGCUGUGAGUGUGUACAGUAUGUGUGAAGUGAAUGAAAAGUAUCCGAGUAGAUUUAAGAUCAGAGAGGGACUGGACAGAUCAAGUCAGACACUACCCUUAAAAACAGUCUCAAAACUGGUACAUGACUUGUGUAGCCUUCUGUCACCUGAAGAGUCCUGAUUUGUGCAAAGAAAACGUUUUAAUCUGUUAUACCUAUAAUUGUUUAUGUAUGGCAAUGAGCUUCCUGCCAGCCACAGUGCCCACCCUCUCAGUUUCACUGCCCACUCUGCGACCACAUGGGGGCAUUGCGAGGUUUCUCCACACUGUUUGAUUCAACAGAACCAAGACUUCACUGUGAAGAUCAGCACAAAGUAGAAGCAACUCUUCCAGAAUCCCUGUACAUGUGUGUUCAUGGUGAAACAUUCAUAUCUUCAUUCUAUUCCGGGACGUGCUCGUAGAGUAAAUGUUGUGUUGGUGAAAUAUGUUUACAUCUAGCACCACCUUCUGGCUAUUCGAGCCUAGUAGGAAUAGGCUUUUCUGUGAGUUUCAGCUUCUCUUUCAUCAAAAGAAGAAACACCUUAAAACGAUCUUAAAUAUAUAGUUGUACAAUUUCUAAUGUUUGUUUUUCUUAGUUGCACAACGAGGUAACAGCUCAGACAGUGAUUUAAAAACUAUGGAAAGCAAUGUCUGGAAAAGGGAUAAAAUAAUAAAAAAUGAUGUGUGUAAAUAAUUGUCAGUUCCAGAACUAGUUGACCGUAUCCAAUGAAAUAUGUAUGUGUUGGCCUUUUUGUAAAAUAAAACAUGCUCACGGACACAAUAGAAAAUGACCCAUUUGAAAGUAAAGAGCCCCGGUGCCCAAUGGAUGUUACCUGGCCUUGCAUGUUGAUGUUUUCACAGCUGGGUAUUAUACUUCUGGAUCAGUAAUAACAGGGGCUGUGGUGUUAUCUUGCGUGACUUUAUAAGGUGUUAGCCUAGAGGCCUUACAACAUUUCAACAUGGGAUAGCUGUACUCGUCGCCCUGUCUUUGAGACAGCCCUGGAUGUUUUUUGUCUGAGAGCUUGCUUAGAUGAAACCAGGGGGUGGAUUAUAUUUUCAGCCAUAGAAUACACAAAAAGCAUGCACAGCAAAGUGCAGUCGCCAUCCUGCCUUGUUCCCAAGCUUCAGUUUGUAUUGGUAUCAUAUACUAUACAACACUGAACAAAAACACAUCACUGCCUGGCAGACUCGUAUCAAAGCCUCCUGUCCUUCUUGUACUUUUAUCAGUCAGUGCUGCAAUGUUGGUUUAACAGUGAGGUCAUCUUUCUACCCACAGCAGUCCGUUUCUGAAGCAAAACCCACAUUAUGCUUGUACUCAAAUAGACUAUCUACAACCCUGACAUUGCCCCAUUCUCAUGUGUUGGAUCAGAUAUGUUCUUUAAACCUUGCUGAAAUAAAACUGGAUUAAAAUUGGGUUUUUCUCGUCAUGUGGUACUUUAAUAGGUGAUCAUACAUCUUAAAUGCUGGUUUUAAAGGAUGUUCUGAUAUGUAAAAUGUAUUGUGAAAUUGUGAAUGAAGAAUGUGCAGUUGGGAUUUUGAAAUAACUUGGUCACAACACACAUGAAAUGCAUUUGAAAUAGUUUUAUUAACUAUUGUUCAGGUCUUACAAAAAUAUGACAAAAUAAAUUAAAAGAAAUAAAUAAUCCCAUUUCCCAGUAUUUUUCUUAAAAGAUAUUUAUUUUACAGUGGUUCAUUGGAAGAACAAACGGUGUUCAGUAAGUGAGGCUUUCAUGAAGAUGUUCGGGUCAGGUUUUAAUGUUUUUUAAUGAGAAACCCAUCCGUUCCCAAGCACAAGUACAAUGACUAAAUUCAGUCUGUUCCUACUGGUUUCACAUUAGACUGUCUACAUAAACCGAAAUCCUACAAAAAACGCAGUUGCAUUGAAAGUGAAUUACAGACAGUUUAUAAGGUUGGCCUGUCUGAGCUAGUGUCUUUAUGUAAGAGAAGCCUGUGCUUGGCCCAGUGCUGUCUGUCAAGCUUUCAAUGCGUAUUUAAGAACCUCCAUGUUAACAAUUUGCAGUUGCUGCUGUUAA